AUGACUCCGAAAAUAAAAUUACACAGAGUCUCUCUAUCUCUAUCUCUCUCUCUCUCUCUCUCUCUCUCUCUCUCUCUCACUAAUUCACUAAUUCUCUUUUUCUCACUAAUCUCUCAUCAAUUCUCUCACUCACCGAUUAUUUCUCUCUCUCACAAAUUUCCCCCUCCUCAUCAAUUCUCUCUCUCACUGUUUCUUUCCCUCUCUCACAAAUUUCCCCCUCUCUCAUCAAUUCUCUCUCUCACUGUUACUUUCUCUCUCUCUCACAAAUUUCCAUCCACUGUCAUCAAUUCCCUCUCUCACUGUUUCUUUCUCUCUCUCUCUCUCACACAAAUUUUCCCUCUCUCAUCAAAUUUUUUCUCUCUCUCUCAUUUUCCCCUCUCAUCAAUUCUCUCUCUCUCACUGUUUAUUUCUCUCUCUGUUCUCUCAUCAAUUCUUUCUCUCUCUUUCUCUCUCUCACAAAAUUUCCCCUCUCUCAUCAAUUCUCUCUCUCUCAUUCUUUCUCUCUCUCUCUCUCCAUUUUUCCCCUCUCUCAUCAAUUCUUUCUCUCUCACUUAUUAUUUCUCUCUCAAAAAUUUCCCCAUCUCUCAUUUCCUCUCUCACUGUUUCUUUCUCUCUCUCACUCACCCCCUCUCUCAUCAAUUCCCUCUCUCCUGUUUCUUUCUCUCUCUCACACAAUUCCCCCCUCUCAUCAAUUCCCUCUCUUUCUUUCUCUCUCUCACACACAAAUUUCCCCUCUCUCAUCAAUUCCCUCUCUCUUUCUUUUCUCUCUCACACCAAUUUCCCCUCUCUCAUCAAUUCCCUCUCUCUCUCAUUUCUUUCUCUCUCUCACAAAUUUCCACUCUCUCUCAUCAAUUCCCUCUCUCACUGAUUCUUUCUCUCUCUCACACACAAAUUUCCCCCUCUCUCAUCAAUUCCCUCUCUCACUGUUUCUUUCUCUCUCUCACACACAAAUUUCCCCCUCUCUCAUCAAUUCCCUCUCUCACUGUUUCUUUCUCUCUCUCUCACACAAAUUUCGCCUCUCAUCAAUUCUCUCUCUCUCACUGUUUAUUUCUAUCUCGAACAAAUUUACACACUCUCUCAUCAAUUCUUUCUCUCUCACUGAUUCUUUCUCUCUCUCACACACAAAUUUCCCCCCUCUCUCAUCAAUUCCCUCUCUCACUGUUUCUUUCUCUCUCUCUCACACAAAUUUCCCCCUCUCUCAUCAACUCUCUCUCUCACUGUUUCUUUCUCUCUCUCUCACACACAAAUUUCCCCCCUCUCUCAUCAAUUCUUUCUCUCUCACUUAUUCUUAUCUCUCUCAAAAAUUUCCCCAUCUCUCAUCAAUUCUCUCUCACACAGUUUCUUUCUCUCUCUGACAAAUUUCCACCCUCUCUCAUCAAUUCUUUCUCUCUCACUGAUUCUUUCUCUCUCUUUCCCUCUCUCAUUAAUUCUUUCUCUCACUGUUUCUUUCUCUCUCUCUCACAAAUUUCCCCCCUAUCUCAUCAAUUCUUUCUCUCUCACUGA